AACCCUAUCUGCUUCAAUUUAAUAGUGAAUUGUAAAAAAUAACCGUUAAGACAUCAUGGCUGGUAGAUCUGGAAGCUUCUCACCCGCUACUCCAAGUGAAACAUCUUCUUCUGACAACAACAGCAUUGAAAAGAGUAGGAAACCUGACAAUACGGCUUUCAAACAGCAGCGUCUACCUGCUUGGCAACCGAUUCUGACAGCACAGUCUGUUCUUCCUGCGUUUUUCGUAAUAUCAGUAAUCUUCAUUCCACUUGGUGUGGCCUUACUUCUCGCUUCAAAUGAGGUCAUGGAGUUUUCAACAGAUUACACAAACUGUGGAAAUAACGAGUGUGCUGAAUUAAGGAACAAUGCUUCAAAAAUGACGAUACCUUGUUCGUGCAAUGUCACUCUAAAUGUCACUAAACAUAUGCAAACAGAAGUGUAUGUUUACUAUGGCCUUACCAACUUCUUUCAAAAUCAUAGACGAUAUGUCAAAUCUCGAGAUGAUGCACAGCUGAAUGGCCAAAGUGUAGAAAAUUCUCUCAGCAAUGAUUGUUCACCCUAUAGGAAUGUCAAUAACACUUCUUCAUCACCUCCAAUUGCACCUUGUGGAGCUAUUGCCAACAGUUUAUUUAAUGAUACAUUCAACUUUACCCUCGAAGGUGUGACUACUCCAGUGGGGAUAAACCUCACAGGCAUAGCCUGGCCCACAGACAAAGGUCAGAAGUUCAAUAAUCCAGGAGAUCCAAAUCUAUCAAUUUCACAACGCUUCAAUGGCUAUGCAAAACCUGACUUCUGGCAGAAAGCAGUAUAUGAGCUUGAUACUAAUAAUCCAUCCAAUAAUGGAUUUGAAAAUGAAGGCCUAAUUGUAUGGAUGCGAACUGCAGCUUUCCCUACUUUCAGAAAACCCUAUGGGCGAAUUGUUGAUGGAUUACCAAAAGGAGUCUACACUAUACAGGUCGAUUACAAUUUCCCAGUCCAGUCAUUUGACGGCACAAAACGUAUCAUCGUAAGCACAACCAGUUGGAUCGGAGGCAAGAAUAAUUUUCUGGGGAUUGCCUACAUUGUAGUAGGAUCGUUGUGCUUCGCAGUCGGCAUUGCUUUAUGCAUAGUUCAUCAAAUAACCAAGAAAACAACAACUGGACCUCGAUGAUCUGUAAACAUCUACAUGCACAAGCAAAAUUUUAUUUACUCUUGAUUUACGUUUCAUGCAACCAGCUUUACUACUAAGAUUUUGACAAUUACUUGAUUGGUUGGCUCUGCAUAAUUGAGAUAAUUAAUUUCUGAUAGUAGGAUAUCUAUUAAAAUAAUAUUAUGUCAAGAUUUAAAGUUAUAUAUAUAUUCAGUUUUGACAUUGUCUUGUUUCCAAAUUAUUUGUCACCUAUAGAUGGCAGGUAUGGUGAACCACUGGUCCGCAGUUUUAUUUUUCAAUGAACUGUUGUGUCACUGAUUGUUGGCGUUGCAAAAAACAUUCUAACAUUCCAGUGAUAAAAUCAUCAAUGAAAAUUUGUAAUACGCUAACAUAAAUGAACAGUUAUAAAAUGCAGCUCAUGAAAAUAAUGCUGUUUCGGCUGUAGGACACAGGAAGAAGGAAGUUCACCAUCCCUGCUAUAUAGUGUAAAACUUUCUUAUACAUAUUAUCGGUUGAAAGAACUAACGUGUUUCCUGGGUCAGCAAUAAUACUUAUUAAAUGUGUUUUCAUUUACUCUUUCCUGUUGUAAAUAACUACGGUAAAUGUAGUUGGUUUGCAACGGUCUUAACGAUACUUAUGAUUUAUAUACAUAUAUUUACUAUGCUUCAAUUUGUUUUGCUAAUUAUUCUUUAAUUAAAUGUUCACUGUCAGUUUGUUUGCUGUGCAAUCUAUGUCGCAGGGUUGCCAUUUUCAAGUAUAUAUGGAAUUUCUUUUGUCUCAAAUCCAAAAUGAUCAGAAAUAUAUUAACAUGACGUUAUGUAUUUGAGAAUGGUAACUCUCUCCAGAUGCUUUGUUUAAUUUGGGUACUCCCGAAGUAAGUGUACCAGGUUAGGUGAUAAUUUUAUUCAGAUUUUUCUUAUUUCUGUUCGAUUACGAGUUCAUGGACUUUCUGUGAUAGCCAAUUGGAUAUCCCCCUGCCCAUAGGUUUCAGUCCCCUAACACAACCUGAUGUAAAAUGGACGAACAAAAAUAGUUACCCCCAUAUUAGUACGCAUACUGUGUGCCCAAAUUUGUUUCCCUGUUGUUAUCACGGCUGGGGUGCUGGCUUGAAAUUGUAAUGGCUCCUUCUGCAGCUCUGAAGCCACAUUAUGUUCAAACUCCUGAAUCUCUUUUGUCCUAAAUCCAAAAUGCUCA